AUGAAAGAUGUAGAAAUUCCAAACAAAGUACCAGUUAGUCGUCGUCAACUUUUUUCUAAUUUUGAUUUUGAAAAAGGUGAUAAUAUGUCAGGAAUUCAGCCACUAGCUACCCCUUCUUUAAGUCAAUCAGAUCGUGAAAGUUCUCAACCUCAAUUUACAGGAAGAAACUCAAAUAAACAAUAUAUGCCAAAAAAACCCAUCAAAAGAGGUUUCAAAAUUUGGUGCUUGGUAGACAAACAUGGGUAUUUGUGGAAUUUUGAAAUUUACUCUGGGAAAGUUGGUGAUAGAGUUGAAAAUCAAUUAGGAGCCCGCGUAGUCAAGCAAUUGUCACAACCACUCCAAAAUAAAAAUCAUUUAUUAUUUUUUGACAAUUACUUUACUAAUUAUCCACUCAUGACAUAUCUCAAGUCAAAAAAUAUCCAUGCAUGUGGAACUAUUAACUUAACAAGAAAAUAUUUGCCUAAUUUUAAAAAAGAUAAAGAUUUAAAACUUGGAGAGUAUGAUUGGUUUGUCGAUCAAGGUGACGUUUCAAUUGUUAAAUGGCGCGAUAAAAGAAUUGUUAGCCUUUUAUCAAACUUCCACAACCCUGAAGAUGUUACAGCGGUACAAAGAAGAUCAAAGGAUGGUUCAAUAACUAUGGUUGCAUGUCCAAAAGUGUUAAGUGAAUAUAACAAACACAUGAACUGUGUCGAUAAAUUUGACCAAAACAAAAAAUCAUGUGAGAUUAAUAGAAAGGCACGUAAAUGGUGGCAUAGAUUAUUUUUUCACUUUAUUGACACAGCUAUUGUUAAUUCACAUCUGCUCAUCAACCACAAAGAGGUACAAGAAGAAGAUGUGCCAGAUGUAGCACUAAAAAGAACAAGGUUCGUACAGAAUGGAUGUGCUGUGUGUGUAAUGUUCCGUUGUGUUUGGGAAAAAAUAAAAGCAAAGCAUUUUACCACAAUGCACAGGAAGGAUUUUGUUCAAACAAUAAUUCAUAGAUCACAAUAG